GAUUAUCAUGCUACAGUCUAUUGAAUUUUUGUAAAAUUAUGAACUAGUUAUAAAUCUUCUUGCAUGUUCUGAAAACUGGUAGAAAAUGGUUCUGAAUACUUACUAUUUUUCCCACCUUUUGUACACUCAUAAAUGUAUUUCUGCAAUAAAGGAUUAUAUUGAUCCCAUUUCUGAAGGCACAAAUUCUAAUUUCAGGCUGUCAUAACCUUAUAUACAUUCUUUGUUUAUAAUCAGGCUGUAUGAGUAAUACUGUUAGUGAGUGGACUGAUGGUCGGUGGAGCAGAAGAGUGGAGACCACGUACCGUUGUACGAAACCACACAAUAAGAUGGAGGAUGGCAUGGACAUAGAGGAACAUGAUCUGUUGAACGACCCUACUGUGAGGAGUGUGUUUCCAGAUCUUGCCAUUCUCAAACAAGAAAUUAUUGAUUUUGAUACAAGUGAAGGUGUAGCACCAGAAACAUUUACAACGUCGCCAGAAGUAUCAAUGAGAAAUGAACACAAAAAUCAACUACACAAUUUAACAGUCUACAGUGGGGAUCAUCCUACCGAGUGCUCCACUCAAGACCUGGAUGUGAAACCUGACCACCUGUGUACUGACAUGGAUGACACAAUAACGGUCAAGCGCAACAGCUUGACAGAAUUUCAUGAAAUUGAAACUGUAAUCAAGAAGGAAUCAGAGAAUGUUGUACCAAAUGAAUUGCCAUUUUACAGGAACAGGAUUAUACUUGGGAAGAUACAAGUAGAUGAGUCUGACGAAGAACGAGAAACUGAUGCACCAGGUGACUGUAAUAAUGUUGUAAACAACAAAUCAAACAAUGAUCAAGAUUUGGCAGUGUCAAUAUACACUGAUGAAAACAGAAGUAUGAGGAUAACUAAACAGAAUUAUGAAAAAAAGGAAAAAUGUUUGCGAGCGAAAAUUAUUUUAACAAACUGUUAUACAACUCUAUUGAACAACAACUGUUACUGUGCUCAGUGUGCAGUGUUGUUCCCCACCACUGAAGCGUAUAGUGAACAUUACACGAGCACACACACCGAGACCACUCACUCAACUAAAGCCUCGGCUUCUCUUGUGAAACGUAAACAAAUCAUAUACCCACGUGAGAAAGCAUUUGUGUGUGACACCUGCACGAAAACAUUCAGCAAAAAAACCAGCUUGAUAAAGCACAUUUUAAUUCACACUGGCGAAAAGCCAUUCGAGAGUGACUUUUGCAAGAAAACAUCGAGGCAUCGGUCUGCAAUGAAAAGACACAAGUUACUUCACACUGGGGAAAAGCCCAUCCAGUGUGACAUUUGCGCGAAAACAUUCAACCAAAGGUGUUAUCUUAAGGAGCACAUGUUACUUCACACUGGUGAAAUAUCUUUCGAGUGUGACAUUUGCACGAAAAUAUUCAGGCACCGGUCUUCUUUGAAAACACACAAGUUACUUCACGCUGGCGAAGAGCCAUUCCAGUGUGACAUUUGCACGAAAACAUUUAGACAAAUAAGUCAUUUGAAGAACCACAAGUUACAUCACACUGGAGAGAAACCUUUCCAGUGUGAAACCUGCAAGAAAACAUUCAAAUAUGUAUCAGUUUUAAAACAACACAAGUUAACUCACACUGGCGAAAAGCCAUUCGAGUGUGACAUUUGCAACAAAACAUUUAACCAAAUAAGAAAUUUAAAGAAACACAAGUUACUUCACACUGGCGAAAAGGCGUUCCAGUGUGACAUUUGCACGAAAUCAUUUAGCCAAAUAUGUCAUUUGAAGAGCCACAAGUUAGUUCACAGUGGCGAAACGCCAUUCCAGUGUGAAAUUUGCAUGAAACCAUUUAACCAAAUAAGUCAUUUGAAGAGACACAAGUUAGUUCACACUGGCGAAAAGCCAUUAAAGUGUGACAUUAGCACGAAAACAUUUAACCAAUUAACAAAUUUGAAGAAACACAAGUUACUACACACUGGGGAAAUGCCAUUCCAGUGUGACAUUUGCACGAAAUCAUUUAACCAUAGAAGUAAUCAUAGGAGGCAUAUGUUAACUCACACUGGCGAAAAGCCAUUCGAGUGUGAAACUUGCAAGAAAACAUUUAACCGAAGAAGUAAUUUAAAGAGCCACAAGUUAAUUCACACUGGCGAAAAGCCAUUCCAGUGUGACAUUUGCACGAAAACAUUUACCCAAAGAAGAAAUUUGAAGAGCCACAAGUUAAUUCACACAGGAGAAAAUCCAUUUGAGUGUGAAACUUGCAAGAAAACAUUCAGAUAUAUAUUUGCUUUAAAUCAACACAAGUUAACUCACACUGGUGAAAAGCCAUUCCAGUGUGACAUUUGCACUAAAAAAUUUAACCGAAGAAGUCAUUUGAAGAGCCAUAAGUUAACUCACACUGGCGAAAAGCCAUUCCAGUGUGACAUUUGCAAGAAAACAUUUACCCGAAGAAGAAAUUUAAAGAGCCACAGGUUACUUCACACUGGAGAAAAGCCGUUCCAGUGUGACAUUUGCAAGAAAAAAUUUAACCAAAUAAGAAAUUUAAAGACACACAAGUUACUUCACACUGGCGAAAACCCAUUCCAGUGCGAAACUUGUCACAAAAUAUUAAUGUAUCCAAAAGAUUUGAAGAGUCACAACAUAAUUCACACUGGCGCAAAGCUUUUCCAGUGUGAAACUUGCAAGGAAACCUUCAAAGAUAUAUCAAAUUUAAGUUAACUCACACUGGCGAUCACAGUAGCCUGUGGCUACUUACUACCACCACACAUACCUUACCAAGUUACCACAACAACCAGAAGAACUUACCAUAACCUUACCUUACCAGAAAGCAAACCAAUACCAGAAAUAAUAGCCAGAAUAAUAAGCAAUAUUUUAUUUAACAUUGCAUCGGUUGUAAGUUCAUGAAACAAGAUUCAGUUCUGAAAAGAACUAUUUAUGCAGCAAGCAGAAGCAAGCGGCAGCAGCGACGACCACGCGGCGGCGCGGAGAGCGCGACGCGGCUCGCUCGAUGUCCGAGCAAGGAACAGGAGCGAGUCCCCGCGUCGCGAGUACUGAAGCUACGCCCGCGCGCCCCGCGGACUCCCCGAGCACAACCAUUUCUUAUAUAUAAGUAGGCUAACUUUUGUAAAUAAAUUAUUCAUAUUCUGUC